CUGAGUAACCGAAUUAAGGAGGAGUUCUACUCACGUAGGACUUAUAUUAAAGAUGAACUUGAGAGGAGCAGCCGAACACUUGCACUGUCUCUUGACGUGUGGACCUCAGAGAAUCAAAUUCUAAUCAUGGGUAUCAUUGGUCACUGGAUAUCCCCCGAGUUCGAAAAGCGUGACGAACUCCUUGAAUUCACCGAAAUCAGCGGACCGCAUUCCGGAGAGAAUUUAGCGGAGGUUGUGCUCAAGAUGCUUGACGAACUAGACAUCGCGCCAAAGCUCCUGACCAUCACCGGUGACAAUGCAGGCAAUAAUGGAACACUCUGUGAGAGUCUGCAUGACCAGCUCCUUAAGAAGUACGACAAUGACGACGACCGCUUUCGCAUCAGACCUUUAAUGAGGUUUCGCGGACGACAAAGCUUUAUUCCAUGUCUUGCUCACAUCCUUAACCUGAUUUGCAAAGAUGUGUUGGCCUCUUUGAGGGCUGGCUCGGCACGGGAAGCAAAGGCGAUACUAGAUGACAUGGCCGUUCAUACUAGUUUAACGUUCAAUCCUCUUCAUAGCACGAAAGGAGCGAUUAUGAAAAUCCGGCUCCUGACCCUUUGGAUUGCCCGGAGCCCACAGCGCCGUUAACAUUGGAAAGAAGUAUCCCCGAG